ACGGCGGGAGCUCACCCUGCUCCCCGGAUUCGAACCUGGCAACCUUUUGGCAAGUUCAGCAGCUCAGCGGUUUACAACCAUUGAAAUAGAAUUCAACAUCAAAACAGAUGAGAAUGAGCAUUAAAAACAUCUUUAGUGAAAACGUGUCUGAGUACAAACAAAUCUGAGUCAAAGUUGAGCAAGUUGCAGGAAACUGAGUAAUCCGUUAAUCCUGGACUCUCUUUCUCCUGCUUCUUGGAUUUGUCUUGUUCUCGAAACUCAUACAGAGACGCCUGGAAUGUGAGCGCUGAGAGGCCGUCUCCAAAACAAGCUUUUUCUCGGCAAAUACUUGGAAAGGGAGGGUCUGUCCCGAAUAGUUUCCACUUCCUUGGCUGGAGUUGUGAAUGGGACUGGGGGAGGCCGGGUUUGUAGAUGGGUGAGGUCAUGCUUUGAGUAGGAAAAACUAUAAAAGUUCCUUCCGCAGCAACAGAAGGGCUCACAAGUGCGGGAAGGAUCUGCUUCAGCCUUUCCAUGGAUGGUGUCUGUCCACCACCGCCCUCGGAAAAACAAAUAGUUGAGUCAAAACAAGACUCGAUGACCAAGCCGAUGAAGGCAUCUCUGGAUCUCGCUGGCUUUUGGUGCUUCUAGUCUGGACCGAGAAGACGACACCGCCUCACAACACACUCAACACAACUUCAGCCUUGUCGCCUUUCUAUUCUGGAGACCUCCUUUGACGUGGUGACAUCUCCAUCUGUCCAUCAGGAGUGAUGUCCAUCCCGGCAUCGCUGUUCCUGGUGGUGGUUUGGACCGUCUACCCCCGGGGCUCGUCCCCCACCAGCAUGGGACACCCUCUGCCCACUCCGCUCAAGGAGAACCACGUCUUCCCUUCGGCCCCAGCACCGCAUGGAGAAGAGGCCUCCAUGUCUACACCGCUCAAGGUGUAUCUGGAUGACGACUACGACUACGACGAUGACAACGUCCAGACCGAACGGGUCCCAUCCCCGAUGCCUCCGCGCUGCAACUACAGCCACUGCCACCACCUCCAAGUCCCGUGCGCCGAGUUGAGCAAGGCCAGCCGGUGCUUGUGCCCGGGGAUCACGGGCCCGUUGGUGGCCCCGGAGGCCCCCCGCUUGCAGACCGUCCACGUCAGCGAAGCCGGGGCCAGCUUGCAUUGGUGUGCCCCGUCUUCCAUCGUGGAAGCCUACCAGUUGCAGUACCAACUAAUCGGCGACAACGACGACGUCCACGUCGGACCCGCUCUUGGCAGCACUUUCCGCAUGGCGUCCAUUUCGGGUUUGUUGCCCAACCGGGAGUAUCUCUUCUGUGUGGUGGCUUUUAACCUGGUUGGCGCCAGCCCGACCGACGACGGCUUCCAGGAACGUGGACCAUGUCGUCUCGUCCGGACUCCUUCCCGACAGACGUCCUACGCUUACGUCGCCGUCGGCGUGGCUUGCACCCUCAUCGUCGCGGUCGUCUCCGUCUUGGCUUGGUAUUUUUGCCACCGCAGGAGGAAAUAUUCUCACCACGGCUCGUUGCACAACAUCCUGGACGGCGGGUUGGGUAUCACCGGGGCAGCCAACAGCUCUUUCCAAAGCGAGGAGCAGCUGUGAAAGGACCCGCUUGUGGUUUUCUUGAGACUCAAUUCUCAAGGCUGGAUGGUAAUCUGCCAUGGAGAUGGUACCAACCAGUCUAACAGCUGAGUUACCUGUGUGCCAUUACAUCAGAGGUUCUCCACUUUCCUAAUGCUGCGACCCCUUGAUAUGGUUCCUCAUGUUGUAGUGACCCCCAACCAUAAAUUUAUUUUACGGUUUUUCAGUCUAACAGCUGAGUUACCUGUGUGCCAUUACACCAGUGGUUCUUAACCUUCCUCUACUGAAGAAAUUCCAGGAAGCAGGUCGAGUCUAAACUCUUUCAAGAAAACCAACUAUAUGUUGUAUACGUUUUCUAGGUAUCAUUUUGUAUUUUCAAUCUUGAAGACAUCUUGUUUAUGGCUUUGAACCCUUGAUACGGUUCCUCAUGUUGUGUUGACCCCCAACCAUAAAAUUAUUUUAUGGUUUUUCAGUCUAACAGCUGAGUUACCUGUGUGCUAUUACAUCAGUGGUUCUCCACCUUCCUAAUGCCGUGACCCCUUCGCACGGUUCCUCAUGUUGUGGUGACCCCCAACCAUACAUUUAUUUUACGGUUUUUCAGUCUAAUAGCUGAGUUACCCGUGUGCCAUUACAUCAGUGCUUCUCAACCUUCCUUCAUCAGUGCUUCUCAACCCCUUGGCUCAGUUCCUCAUGUUGUGGUGACCCCAUCCAUAAAAUUAUUUUAUGUUUUUCAGUCUAACAGCUGAGUUACCUGUGUGCCAUUACAUUAGUGGUUCUUAAUCUUCCUAAUGCCACGACCCCUUGAUACGGUUCCUCAUGUUGUGGUGACCCCCAACCAUAAAAUUAUUUUAGGGUUUUUCAGUCUAACAGCUGAGUUACCUGUGUGCCAUUACAUAUGUGAUGACCCCCAACCAUGAAAUUAUUUUACGGUUUUCAGUCUAACAGCUGAGUUACCCGUGUGCCAUUACAUCAGUGCUUCUCAACCUUCCUAAUGCCAUGACCCCUUGACACAGUUCCUCAUGCUGUGCUGACCCCCUACCCUAAAAUUGUUUUCGUUUCUACUUCACAACUGUCAUUUUGCUCCCGUCAUGAAUUGCAAAUCGUAAAUAUCCGAUAAAUAUCCGAAUUGCAAAUCGUAAAUAUUCGAUAUGUGGGAUGUAUUUAUUAUUUAUUUUCAUUCACUGGGCCAAAUUUGGCACAAAUACGCCCAAAUUAGAAUACUGGCGGGGUUGGGUGGGGGGUUGAUUUUGUCAUUUGGGAGUUGUAGUUGCUGGGAUUUAUAGUUCACCUACAAUCAAAGAGCAUUCUGAACUCUACCAACGAUGAAAUCGAACCAAUCUUUUACAACCAGAACUCCCAUGACUAAGACAGAAAUACUGGAAGGAUGUGGUGGACAUUCGCCUUGAGUUUGGGAGUUGUAGUUCAUCUGACUCCAAACAAUGAUGGAUCUGGACCAAACUUGGCAUGGAUACUCAAUAUGCCCAAAUGUGGACACUGGUGGAGUUUGGGGAAAAUAGACCUUGGCAUUUGGGAGUUGUAGUUGCUGGGAUUUAUAGUUCACUUACAAUCAAAAGUAAAGUUUCCCCCUUAACAUUAAGUCCAGUCUCCAUGUCUAAGUUGAAGUCAUUGUCCAUAGACACCUCCAAGGUCAUGUGGCCACUGGCAUGACUGCAUGGAGUGCCAUUACCUUCCCACCAGAGCAGUAUCUAUUGAUCUACUCACAUUGGCAUGUUUUCGAACUGCUAGGUUGGCAGAAGCUGGGGCUAACAGCGGGUGCUCACUCCGCUCCCCGUAUUCAAGUUACCGACCUGUCAGUCUGCAAGUUUAGCAGCUUAGCCACCAAGGAAAGACCGUUACCUUCCCACCGGAGCGGUACCUAUUGAUCUACUCACAUUGGCAUGUUUUCGAACUCCUAGGUUGGCAGAAACUGGGGCUAACAGCGGGUGCUCACUCCGCUCCCUGGAUUCAAACCGCCGAUCUGUCAGUCUGCAAGUUCAGCAGCUUAGCCACCAAGGAAAGACCGUUACCUUCUCACCAAAGCGGUACCUAUUGAUCUACUCACAUUGGCAUGUUUUCGAACUCCUAGGUUGGCAGAAACUGGGGCUAACAGCGGGUGCUCACUCCGCUCCCUGGAUUCAAACCGCCGAUCUGUCAGUCUGCAAGUUCAGCAGCUUAGCCACCAAGGAAAGACUGUUACCUUCCCACCGGAGCGGUACCUAUUGAUCUACUCACAUUGGCAUGUUUUCGAACUCCUAGGUUGGCAGAAGCUGGGGCUAACAGCGGGUGCUCACUCCGCUCCCCGUGUUCAAACCGCCGACCUGUCAGUCCGCAAGUUCAGCAGCUUAGCCACCAAGGAAAGACCGUUACCUUCUCACCAAAGCGGUACCUAUUGAUCUACUCACAUUGGCAUGUUUUCGAACUCCUAGGUUGGCAGAAACUGGGGCUAACAGCGGGUGCUCACUCCGCUCCCUGUGUUCAAACCGCCGACCUGUCAGUCCGCAAGUUCAGCAGCUUAGCCACCAAGGAAAGACCGUUACCUUCCCACCGGAGCGGUAGCUAUUGAUCUACUCACAUUAAUUAAUAUAUGGAACAAAAAUAAAACCCCGAACUAUGAUUGUGUGAUCAAGUAUUUGCUUUGGUUUCCUACCAAACUUUAAUGAGCUCUGAAAUAGGGCAGCGUUCUCACUCACAAACGGAGUUUCUGUUGGCCGUCAGCCCAGGCUGGGGUCAUAAACAGGCCGCCGAGCUGCGAUCUGAAAUUUUUUUUUCCCAGAUAGGGUUGGGAACACAAAUAAAAAUUACUAUAUCUUGA